AUGCCCUCAGGUUGCAAAGGAUAUGCUCUACCUGUUGUUAUCUUUGUGGACAUUCAACGUUUUUUCCUUAAACUCAUUAAUAAGUCGGCAGAAUGGCAAACCUAUAUCAAAGGAGGUAGCAAGUACAAGAAGUAUAGUGUGGCUGGCCGAAAAAAGUAUCAGAUACAACUGGCUGGACAAGAAGACUUGACUAACAGUCAAGUUAUUGAAUAUACACGUUUCCCAACAUGUUCCCUCCUGCUUCAUUAUGAAAAAAUAUAUAUACUUCAUAUAAAAUGGGUAAAAGCUACUGUUAGACAGAUGUAGAGUUCAAGUCUUUCUAAGAUAGGACAAUCUCUUAAAUGUGAUCACCAGAAAAGGAGGAAACAGCACCCAGAUUCAACUAGGUAGCCAACUAUGACUUCUUUUGCUUGUAACCAGUGUGAUAUUAGUACUGAUGAAGAAAUUAAUUUUAAAGUCAUGCUCCAAUAUAAUAAAACUUCUCAAAUUAAACUUCACAGUCAAGUGCCUGACACUGUCAGCACAGUAACAAAAAUUCAGGAAAAGACUGAUUUCUAUGAGCAGUUGGAAGAACUAGAAACUAGAAUGAACGUUAAUGAACACAGGCAAUACACAAUAACUAAAGAUAUCAUUUCUUCAAAAGAAGACAUUGAAGCUUAAAAAAAAGAUGAACUGGAAAAUAAAUAUUUUUGCUCUAAUAUACAUUGUUCAAAAGUUCAAGAAGGAAAAAAGGUUGGACAGAUCAUAGAACUUCUUCACAAACUCACCACUCAAGCAACUGUUAAGAACACAUCAGUCUCUAUAAAUUCUGAAAUCUUUUCACCAGGACCAGAGAAGAAGAAGAAAGAGCCCAGUGUUAACUCUGAAAAAAGUAACCAUCACAAUAUGUUAAGAAGCUUUGAAAAAACAAGGUCACACACACACAUUUACCUAGACUGUUAUGCAUGGAUCAAAGUAACUUUUGUCCUUGGAAGAAAAUGGAAAUUUUUUCUCAAAGCUACCAAGUAAGAAGAAUUCAUGCAGUGAAUUCUUUCUAGUCUAACCAACCCUCCUGAGGAACCAGAACUCAUUACCCAGAGAUAUGAUUCAUGUACUGGGCCUAUUACAAGCUUGACCACAAUACUUAUCUCCAUUUUCAACUACAAAUACUGCCUUUCUGGUUCUUCAGAUGAGGAAGUAACUCAACUCUAA